AUGUCUACUCCAGCCAGGCGAAGACUUAUGAGAGAUUUCAAGCGCAUGAAGGAAGAUGCUCCUCCUGGCGUUUCUGCUUCUCCCUUACCGGACAACGUUAUGGUAUGGAAUGCGAUGAUUAUAGGGCCUGCGGACACGCCAUAUGAAGACGGCACGUUCCGCUUGCUUUUGGAAUUUGACGAAGAAUACCCUAACAAACCACCACAUGUCAAAUUUCUGAGUGAGAUGUUUCAUCCUAACGUGUACGCCAACGGAGAGAUCUGUCUGGAUAUUCUGCAAAACAGAUGGACGCCCACAUAUGAUGUCGCGUCGAUUUUGACGUCCAUCCAGAGUCUGUUCAACGACCCUAAUCCAGCUUCGCCCGCCAACGUCGAGGCUGCAACCCUUUUCAAGAACCAGAAACCUUUGUACAUAAAACGAGUCAAGGAGACGGUGGAAAAAUCGUGGGAAGACGACUUGGAAGAUAUGGAGGACGACGACGAUGAGGACGACGACGAAGACGAUGAGUAA